CUCUAUAAAUUGUUUGCCUCCCCUUCACUUGUUGAGAGCAGCUCGUGUACUUUCUGUAUCUGCUAAAGAACACGACCUUCCUGCAGCCCACUGACAGAAUAAUUUUUCUUCAGUUUUCAGCUUGUAGACUGCGUCAGCACAUGACGAUUAUAGUUUUAUGGUGUUUAUCCUCUGCUCAUCGUGUGAACACAGGACACUGAGCAGCUCUGCUCCUCCUUCAUCUGCUGUCUCUCUGUCUGUGCAGGCUGCUGCUGCUGCUCACUGAGGGUCGUUUGAGGAGCGCGUGAGGGUUGCAGCGACUUUUCUUCAAAGCAGCAUCAGAGAUCCAGACACAAUGCAGGCAGACAAGAAGGCAGUGGACGGCGAUUUGCUGCCAGAUGCCAAUGGCAAAGAUCCAAACCCAGGCGGACAGACGGAGGACUCCAAAUGGCAGAGACCACGGCUCUCACGGAAAUCGCUGAUGAAGUGCUGCCUUGUCAAGUGGAUAAUCGCCAGCACCACACAACAGGGGCCAGACGAUGACAGCAGUGACAGUGACCUCGAACUUUCCAUGGUGCGUCAUCAACCAGAAGGCCUUGAGCAGCUCCAAGCCCAGACCCAGUUCACCAGGAAGGAGCUCCAGUCACUUUACAGAGGCUUCAAAAAUGAAUGUCCUAGCGGGUUAGUGGAUGAAGAAACUUUCAAAUCCAUCUAUUCACAGUUCUUCCCACAAGGAGACGCCACCACAUACGCACAUUUCUUGUUCAACGCAUUUGACAUGGACAGAAAUGGUUCCAUCCGAUUUGAGGACUUUGUAUUAGGAUUGUCGGUAUUGCUUCGAGGCUCUGUGACAGAGAAACUUCGUUGGGCUUUUAAUCUAUAUGACAUCAACAAGGAUGGCUAUAUCACUAAGGAGGAAAUGUUGGCAAUAAUGACAUCCAUUUACGACAUGAUGGGCAGGUACACUUUACCCAGUGUUCGGGAUGAUUCUCCCUUUGAGCAUGUGGAGAAAUUCUUCCAGAAAAUGGAUCGAAACAGAGACGGAGUGGUGACAAUAGAGGAAUUCAUAGAAACCUGCCAAAAGGAUGAAAGUAUAAUGGCUUCCAUGCAGCUCUUUGAAAAUGUCAUUUAGUUUAAAGUGGUAACACUGCACAGUGCUUCCAGCCCCAGACAUCCAGGCCCAAAUAAUGUAAUUUAUUUUCAACAGAAGAUACUGGGCCAUGCAACACAAAGAACAUGUUUAAAUAAACUGCUAUGUCACCGUUCCAUGCAAAGAAAUCUGCAGGGUCCACCAAAUCACACCAAGAGAAAUGUUUCUUUGCAUGAGUGUCUUACCUCUUUUUAUUUAAUUUUAUUUACUUUGCAUAAAAUCACGGCCGAAUCUGCAUGAACGUUCCUCUGACAUUAAAAAGCAUGUGAUGCAAACUUCUUAGACACAGACAAAAAGAUAUUAUGGAUUUUUUAUUUGUUUGUUUUUUGUAGGUCUUAAAAUUUUGAAGAAGUGAAAAUAUUUAGUUACUGUAUCGCACUGUGAUUUUAUGUGUGUGUGUGUGUGUGUGUGUGCGUGUGUGUGUGUGUGUGUGUGUGUGUGUGUGUGUGUGUGUGUGAUUAAACCUGUGAAGACAAACAUCCUAAUUUACCAAGUGUUUGUCCUACUGAAUCACUUCUGUUUUAUGUUCUACCUUUACACACAACCUGUGUGUGACAAGCAACCUAAAUAUACUAAAUGCUCCCCAAAUGCACAUCUUUAUUUUGGAUGUAGUUUUUACUAAUUUAUAGUAGUACAAAGUUGUGGGAUGUCCCAUUCAAAAUAACAUAUUUGAUGAAUCAUAAUAUCUACCCUAUGCAAAUUGUAAUAUCUAGCAUUUAAAUUUGAUAAUCAAUUUGUUGCAUUAUUGUUGGUGUAUGUAACUGUGAAGAAGCAAAAAAGCAAUAAAGCAAAGUUUUAAACAA